CUGAAUGGUUACAUAACUGCUUUUUCUUGCAGCAGUAUUUAAACCUCAAGUCCAAGUUCUCUCCUCCUCACUCUCCUGCAGCUUUUUCUUUCUCACCUCCUUCCUCAUCUUUUGACACUCAACUUGGCUGCAAAAAUGGCCACAGCUGGUAAGGUCAUCAAGUGCAAGGCAGCAGUUGCCUGGGAGCCCAAUAAACCUCUGGUGAUUGAGGAGAUUGAGGUAGCCCCGCCCCAGGCCAACGAGGUCCGCAUUAAGAUUGUGGCAACCGGUGUGUGCCAUACGGACCUGUAUCAUCUGUUCGAGGGUAUGCAUAAAGACGGCUUCCCAGCAGUCCUCGGCCACGAGGGAGCCGGCAUCGUAGAGAGCGUUGGGCCUGGAGUCACUGCAUUUCAGCCAGGAGACAAGGUGAUUCCUCUCUUCAUCUCCCAGUGUAGAGAAUGUCGCUUCUGUAAGAGUCCUAAGACUAACCAAUGUGACAAGGGAUGGGCUGCUGAUCACCAUGAUGUGAUGGCAUUAGCAGUCUCCAGGUUCACCUGUAAGGGGAAGAAGGUGCUGCAGUUUAUGGGGACCAGUACCUUCUCUCAGUACACUGUGGUUAACCAGAUGGCUGUGGCUAAGAUCGACCCUGCUGCCCCUCUGGACAAAGUCUGUCUCCUUGGGUGUGGGGUCUGCACAGGAUAUGGAGCAGCAGUUAAUACUGCUAAGGUGGAACCGGGCUCCACAUGUGCUGUGUUUGGCCUGGGAGCUGUGGGUUUGGCUGCAGUCAUGGGCUGCAAGGCUGCAGGAGCCAAGAAGAUUAUCGCUGUUGACAUCAACCCAGAGAAGUUCGAGAAGGCCAAGGUGUUUGGCGCGACCGACUUCGUGAACCCCAAGGAUCACAAUAAACCCAUCAGCGAGGUGCUGUCUGAGAUGACCAGUGGAGGAGUGGACUACUCCCUGGAAUGUGUCGGGAAUGUGGGAGUCAUGCGCAGUGCCUUGGAGUCUUGUGUGAAAGGUUGGGGCGUCAGCGUGAUUGUUGGCUGGACAGACAUGUACGACUUUGGUGCCCGACCCAUUCAGCUCAUUGCUGGACGCACAUGGAAGGGGUCCCUGUUUGGAGGAUUUAAGAGUAAGGAUGGUGUGCCUCAGAUGGUUAAAGCCUACCUGGACAAGAAGGUGAAGCUGGAUGAGUUCAUCACUCACAACAUGACCUUGGCCCAGGUCAAUGAUGCCAUUGAACUGAUGAAGCGUGGCGAAUGCAUCCGGACGGUCCUGAGUGUAUCUCAACAAUAAGACCAUUGUGUUGUUUUCAAAAUCAUUUUAUGGCCUGCAGCUGUGUUGUACUGAAUAUCAAUACAAUAUUCAUGCACACAAUACAAUGCACAUAAUAAAGAGAUCUAUCAAAUUAUGCACAGCAUACGUGCCUGACCUUGAACAGUCAACACUAUUCAGUGGAUUAUGUGCAGAUUGUGAGAAUCAUCUGCCAUAUUCAUUUAAGCAAAAGCUAAACAUAUCAAACUGUUUACAGAGCACAAUAAAUGGUCUAAACAGA